CCCUCGGAGGCUGGCGUUCGGGUCGCGAGGCCGCGCGCUCAGACACGGGAAUCACCGGCUGGUGUCCCGGGUCCUCCCAGCGCUGGCUGUCGGCGCCUCUGGCUGCUUGGAGGCGGCAUGGCCACAGUGGCCGCGGUGGCCCGCGGGGCCGGGGCAAGGGCGGCGGCGGGGCUGCGGGGCGGCAGCGGGGCUGCGGCUCGGGGACGGCCGCGUGCGAGCUGCGCUCGGCGCCUGUGCACUGCCCCGGCCGCCGUGGACAUGAAACGCUACCUGUGGGAGCGCUACCACGAGGCGAAGAGGAGCACGGACGAAUUGGUUCCUUCCAUUAUGAGCAACUUGCUGAAUCCAGAUGCCAUUUUCUCAAACAACGAGAUGAGCCUAUCGGACAUUGAGAUAUACGGCUUUGAUUAUGAUUACACCCUGGUGUUCUACUCCAAGCAUCUCCACACGCUCAUCUUCAACGCUGCUCGGGACCUUCUCAUCAAUGAACACAGGUAUCCUGUGGAGAUCAGGAAGUAUGAGUAUGACCCAAACUUCGCCAUCCGUGGACUCCAUUACGACGUCCAGCGGGCAAUAUUGAUGAAGAUCGAUGCUUUUCAUUACAUCCAGAUGGGAACCGUCUACAGAGGUCUCAGUGUUGUCCCCGAUGAAGAAGUCAUUGAAAUGUACGAGGGAUCCCACGUGCCCUUGGAGCAGAUGAGUGACUUUUAUGGAAAGAGUUCUCACGGGAACACCAUGAAACAGUUCAUGGACAUCUUCUCCCUGCCUGAGAUGACCCUGCUGUCCUGUGUGAAUGAGCACUUCCUAAAGAACAACAUUGACUAUGAGCCGGUGCACCUGUACAAAGAUGUCAAGGACUCCAUAAGGGAUGUCCACAUCAAAGGAAUAAUGUACCGAGCAAUUGAAGCGGAUAUUGAGAAGUACAUCUGUUAUGCCGAGCAGACCCGUGCGGUGCUGGCUAAGCUGGCUGCCCACGGCAAGAAGAUGUUCCUCAUCACCAACAGCCCCAGCAGCUUCGUAGACAAAGGGAUGCGGUAUAUCGUGGGGAAGGACUGGAGGGAUCUGUUCGAUGUGGUCAUAGUUCAGGCCGAGAAGCCCAACUUCUUCAAUGAUAAGCGGAGACCUUUCCGGAAGGUGAACGAGAAAGGUGUCUUACUCUGGGAUAAAAUCCACAAGCUUCAAAAAGGCCAGAUCUAUAAGCAGGGCAAUCUGUAUGAAUUUCUGAAGCUCACUGGAUGGAGAGGCUCCAAAGUGCUGUAUUUUGGUGACCACAUAUACAGUGACCUGGCGGAUCUGACACUGAAGCAUGGCUGGCGCACUGGAGCGAUCAUCCCCGAGCUGCGGUCCGAGCUCAGAAUCAUGAACACGGAGCAGUAUAUUCAGACCAUGACCUGGCUGCAGACCUUGACUGGGCUCCUGGAGCAGAUGCAGGUCCACAGAGAUGCUGAGUCACAGCUGGUCCUGCAGGAAUGGAGGAAGGAGAGGAAGGAGAUGAGAGAAAUGACCAAAAGCUUCUUCAACGCCCAGUUCGGGAGCUUGUUCCGCACAGACCAGAACCCGACCUACUUCCUGAGGCGCCUGUCGAGGUUCGCGGACAUCUACAUGGCCUCUCUGAGCUGCCUGCUGAACUACGACGUCCACCACACCUUCUACCCUAGGAGGACUCCCCUGCAGCAUGAGCUCCCCGCAUGGUCGGACAGCCCCUCUGCCUUCAGAGCCCCGCUGCUGCAGGAGGUUCAGGCCAAGUAAUCUCUGAGGAAGAAGCCAGGAGCAGCCACGGCCUCACAGAGGGUCCAGUGGGCCUGAGAGUUGCUUUCCCAAAGAGUCAGAUAACACCUUUUGUAUUUUUUCUACCUUACCACAAACACUGUCCUGUCCAGGUAGAGACAGGAGCGGGCCGCCUGGGUUGUGUCCUCUACACACAGCAUCGAGACACGGAUGCUGCCUUGUUUACUAUGGAGAUCCAACAUCAGGCCUUCUGAGACAAGUGAGACCGCUUGAUGCUGUCUGUGUUCAGCAGGUCAAGAGAGGACACUUCUUGAUUCUGUGAGACAUUUCUUGGUUGUUUACAAGCAAAGCAUUGGGGACUGGGAGAGCACGGUGACAUCUCAGCCAGUUCCCUGUCCUCUGGUCCUAGGCUUUUGCGGGCUUCUACACGUUGCUCCAAGAGACCACAGGCUCCCAGAAUGACUUUGUUGAGGAAGAACAAGAAGAACUUGUCCUCAGUGUGAACUUGCUUUGCCUGCCCCUAGCUGCUGACGGGGUGAUGGGCAGAUUUCCUCCUCCCCCGGGAGUAGGUGAGGAGAUGGCAGCUCUGGUUAUAAUUGCCUUUAAGCUGGUGGGUCGGACAUUGUAGGAGACAAGCAGCAAAGCCUUGGGGCUCAGGCUGCGGCCAGCACAAACCUGUGUGCUAGGGCACUUGGGACACAGCAGCUCGCUGGUGGAAUUUCACAUUUAAUGCCAAGAGCCAAGCUCAUGAAGGGCACCUCUUCCUCCCUCCCCAAUCUGGGAGGCAGAAUCCUUUAUUAUGUCUGCUUUGCAGUAUCUUUGAACAUAUUUGAUGCCCUGAGGGCCACAGGAAUGUUAGAGGACACAGUCCUGUUUAAAUGGUUUCAUUGUAAAUGCCAAAUGAGUCCCUGUGGCUAGAUCAGCCUUGUCUCACGUGACCCGGCUCAUUUUAAGCUUUUGCGCUAAUGUGGCGCUGCCGCUGCUGUUGCUGCUGUUGCUGCUGUUGCUGCUCUUCUUUCCCCUCCUCCUCGCCCACUCCAUUCCCCCCUCCAGUUAGGGUCUUGCUAUGGAUCCUGGGCUGCCCUUGGACUCAAUCCUCCUGCCUCAGUCUCCUGAGUGUUGAAUUAUAGGCAUGCGACUGUGGUGUGGCAUGUAUUAAAUCUAAAGAACAGCAUGAACACGA